AUGAAUAACAGCACAGCAGAUAUGACCUAUAACCUGGGGUCUCUAUCACAAUGGCUUCUCGGCUUUGUAAUAAUAGCUAUGUGCAUUACGGCUGUAACAGGAAAUCUUCUGGUUAUUAUAAUAAUUGCAGCAACUACACACUUCCAUUCUGUAACAUCCAUAUUUCUCAUCAACUUGGCAGUGAGUGACUUUCUGGUGGGCAUUGGAGUGAUGCCUCUUGUGGCAACAUCUGUUAUAUAUAACCGGUGGAUUAAUCACCAGUUUUUGUGCUUGUACAUGGGAUAUGCAUCUGUAGUGUACUGCACAUCUUCAGUGUUGACAUUGGCAGCUAUUGCAGUGGACAGAUAUCGGGCCAUCGUCAACUGCUUUAGGUAUAACUCCCAGACUACAAUGAAGCGCGCUGUUAGCACUGUCAUGUGGAUAUGGGCUCAGGCAGCAUUUUCUGGAUUGCCACCAUUUCUAGGAUGGGGACAUUUUGAAUACUUCCCCGUCACUUUUAGCUGUUCAGCAAACUGGGCAUAUAGCCCUAGCUAUACUGGAUUGGUUAUGGUCUGCUCAUUUUUGCUGCCAACAUGUACCAUGGUAUUUUGUUACAUAAGCAUUGUACAGGUCAUAAGAGAUCAUGCCAGACGCAUACAUAACAUUGAAUGUCAACUGCAAAAAAAUGUGAAGGCAAACACAGUAUUUCUGAAAGAAGAAGAACACACAAGGCCUUCAAUAAAGUCCAAGAAAAUCUCACCUGAAAGAAUCACAGAUGAUUCCCAAAACUCUGUUAAUUCUUCUCAUGCACCAAUUGAUAGCAAAAAGCAUGACAUUUUUGCACAAUACAAUAGCCCAGGGCGUGAACAUAAUGGUACUAUCAGGUUAUUUUUGGUUAUAUUCAUUUUCUUUUUUUGUUGGGUUCCAUAUAUUAUUGUGAGCAUGUUACAGCCCAUAACCACAAAGAGAAAUCAAUGGAAGCUUCCACCUGAGCUACUUACAGCAUCUGCUUGGUUGGCCCUUUUGAAUUCAGCCAUCAACCCACUGUUAUAUGCACUGCUGAGCAAGAGGUUUAGGAAAGCACUUUGUAACUUGAAACAAAAGAUGGUCUUGAAAAUGGAUUAUCUAUUGCGAGAUAUAUCCAUACUGGGAAACACAGGAAGCACAAAGUCAAAAAUUAGAAAGAUACAUUUGUUAAAGCCUGUAUCACACACAAACCAGUCUGAAAACAAGCUAAACCGUCGCUCCAUGUCUAUAUUCAGUAUCGCUUCUUUUGCAGACACAGGACAAGAAGAAGAUGUUAACAUCCCUGUACAGUUUUCUGGAACGUUGACUCCAACUAUAUGGGGGCCACAGAUCUUCUCAAGAUCUUCUGAUCUACUCCAACGAGAGACCCAUGGAAAACAAUACCUAGAAGUUCCAUGCCUUCCCUUUCAGCCCCUAAACCCCUGGCAGCUGCAAGAGGAAGACAAUGAUAACUCUUCAGUCUUUGUAUACGGAAAAAUUACCAUAAAAGUUAAUGAAGGCAAUUCGGUAUCUCCGUAG